GGUAAAUGUCGACAUAGGCAGGAAAGUAGGUAUCUAUCAGAGAUAACGACAGGCGAAUGCGUCGUUGUGAGACAAUAACUUCAAGGACCAGCCUGUGUUCAGUCUCACUCGCUUUAAGUUUUGAUUUGUACCCCGUGUACCGUACUAGGCUAGCACCUAACAUCUCCAAUUCAAUAUUUCACCCACCUGCAACUAUCAAGUGAUCAUUGAUUUCAAGACCUGCAAAUACGGUAUACGGUAACCACCUACCUACCCUAGGUACCUUCCCCACCCAAGAACAAAGGAAACCCCCAAAUGCCUCUACAAACCAUCCUAAUCACCGGCUGCGGCCCCGGCGGCAUCGGCUCCGCCCUCGCCAUCGAGUUCCAGAUGCGGGGCCACCGCGUCCUCGCCACCGACGUCUCCGCCGCGCAUCUCGCUCCCUUACGCGACCGCGGCAUCGAGACCCUUGAACUAGACGUGACGUCCGAGGAUUCCAUCGCGCAGGCUGUGCGCGAUGUCGCUGUCCUAACCGGUGGCAACAAGGACGAGGGAGGCUUCCUCGACAUCCUGAUCAACAACGCUGGGAUCAUGCACGUGAUGCCCUUCGCCGACGCCACGGUCGCCGACGCGCGGCGCGUGUUCGACGUCAACGUCCUCGGCGUAGUCGCCGUGACGCAGGCGUUUCUGCCACUCCUGCUCACAUCAGCGCGGAGAAACAACCCACACGACGCCGGAGGUGGGGGGCCAAUGGUGGUCAACAUCUGCAGCAUCAACUCGCAAGUGCGCCCGCCGUUCUUCGGGAUCUACAACGCGUCGAAGGCGGCCAUCGAAGUCCUGGGCGGGACGAUCCGCCCGGAGCUCGCGCCGCUCGGCAUCCGCGUCGUGACCGUCAAGACGGGGAGCGUGCACACGGAGCUGUUUGGGAACUUGGCGCCGACGAGGUUGCCGGAGAGGAGUUUGUAUGCGGCUGCGAGGGGGUUCAUUGAGGGGAGGGAGAUGCUGGAGAGGGCACCGCAUAUGGAUCGCGAGGUUUAUGCGAGGAGGGUGGUGGAUGAGCUGCUGAGGCCGGAGGUGAAGAAGGUUAUUUGGCAGGGGGGGUUGACGACGUUUGCGUGGGUCUUGAGUUGGUUUGGGUGGGAGGGGAUGUUGGAUGGCCUCUACAUAAGAGAAAAUCAAUUAAAUAGUAUACGGCUGUAGAAGAGACUGGUAGUUUACGGAGUAGCAACCUGAAGCUGAAAGACUAGACUAAACUGCUCUGAAAACGAGAUAGUGAUUUGGUCGGGUCUGUAUUGCCCAACACCAAGAGAUAUGCAAACCAAUUGUAUUAAAUGGUGUCAUGAAACUCCAGGUCGCCAAUAAUUAAGAAAGAUCGAACUUUGUGUCCUAAUCUCAGGAACAGCUCGACAAGUUCUCAUUCUUCAAUAGCCAAUAAACAUCAUUCAAGACUAUUUACGUCCCCGGCGA